AUGGAUGAUGGCUGCAAGAGAUCGUGGGAACUGUUAUCGCAAUCGUUACCAUCAGAGACUGGUACUGACAUAGCCAAUGGCUUAUCCAAUGAUACUCAGAAUGCUGAAAAGAACGCCAUUUACGUCAAUGGACUCUUGGAUAAUCUGACUCAAGUAUUGGACAAAUGGAUCAUCAAUGGAGCGAGGACUACACAAACCAGUGUUUACAACCUUGUCAGGCAAAUAGAACGAGAGGCUCAAGAUCCAGAAUUGGUGAAAAAAGCAAAGAGAAUGGUGAAACGGGCUGGGCUGCCCUUGGAGGACACUUCCCAGAGGAAAAAGUAUGAACUUGGAGCAACUGAUGCCGCAAAACGGAGAAAUGUGGCGGAGGAAAGACAGAGAUGGGAGGCUGCAACUGCAAGUACAAAUGCAGUCGGGGACAAUGUGGCUAGAUCAGCUCUCUCCAGGAGAGCAGGGCGAAAUGGGAAACCAGACUUGUUCCUGCAAAACACUGAUCGACGGCUGGACCCACAGUCAGUGGCAGAAGAUAAGGCUGAAAUGGAAAAGUUUGCUGGAGAAGAUAACGACAAUAGUCAGCCGUCAGGGACUCGAGUUUCCAGCGCAGGUCUAGGCCUCGUUGGGACUGACGAAGACUCGGCGGCUUUGACGAGGAUAUCCGAGCUAGUUGCACGGGCAGGAGCUGGUGAUGCGUUUACAGGAGAUCGGCUCGGCAUUGGUGGACUGGACGAGGUGCUAUCUCAAGUCAAAAGACGAGUUUUCACGCCCUUGGCUGCACCACCAAAGCUUUUGAAGGAACUAGGCAUUCACCCUGUGCGAGGAUUGCUUCUAUAUGGCCGCCCGGGAUGUGGAAAGACUCUCAUUGCAAGGCAGAUUGGCCAACUAUUCUCCCCGGCACGCCCUAUCACCGUUGUGGCGGGCCCGGAGGUGAUGGACAAAUUCGUUGGAUCCAGUGAAAAGAAUCUUCGCGAGAUUUUCAAUAACCCCCCUGAUAUCUACGACACAUUCCGGCUGGGUGAGCCUGACGGUGGGGACUCGAUUGCAGCGAACGCACUUCAUGUCAUUAUUCUUGAUGAGUUCGAUGCCAUCGCCAGAGCUCGUGGGGGGCGAGGUGGCAGCCAGGGAGAUGCAGGAGUUGCUCGUGAUUCACUUGUAAAUCAGUUCCUGGCAUGUCUUGAUGGGGUUGACCCACCCAUUGUACCAACACUAUGUAUUGGCUUGACUAACAAGAGAAGCCUGAUAGACCCUGCACUUCUGAGACCGGGAAGAUUUGAAGUACAAAUCGAGGUUCCAUUGCCCCGAAGCAACGAACAGCGCAUCAGCAUAUUGAAAGUUCACACAAAAAGUAUGCAUGCCGCUGGACGCCUGCUAGUGUCUGAUCCACCCCCGAAUACAGCUGCCGCGAGAUACUUGGAGAGAAACGGUGGAGAGGAUGUGCUUUCGUACGAAUCUUUUUUGUCGGACAUUGCAGAAUAUACAAAUGGCAUGAGCGGUGCAUCGUUAGCGGGGGUUGCCCGUGCAGCGGCUAGUCACGCUCUUGAGAGAGUAGUUGGAGAGUACUCUACCGCGGUGAUUGACAACGACAGGCCUCCUGAUUCCAUGUUGGACUGCGUAGUGACGAGGGAUGAUUUCGAUGAGGCAAUAAAGGAUGUGUACGAGAGUGGCGGUGAUCGAGACUGGGAGCCGUCGGAAGACGAAGCAGAGGACGCUGGACAGAAGGAAAAAUCGGACAAGUAGGCAGCUGAGGUACACUAGCAAAGAAGGUUUCCUUCGGCUGUGGUCUUUCCAGAGCCUCGACAAGGAUGUUUUGACGCCCACUGGCAGUGCUAAGAUAGAAGCAGGCAGUGAUGCUCACUCGGGAGGCCCACUGGUUUCUGCGUCGCACGGUGGCUUUGCCGAGGAGGACUGAGUCACUCACCGAGGGCCAUACUCCAAGUGAUACACAGAACAGGCCCUAAAA